CCACGCCGGGACAGGGGGAGGAUCGCGAUUAAGAAGGGGAGAGGGUCACCUUUAAACGAGACUGCGCUCUCUGCGAGUUAGAGGAGAGACGGGACGGGCCACUGCGGUCUUCAUACACAAGAAACCGGGUCCGAACUCUGAAACCGCAAGCGAUCUAACUCUAUUCAAAUUGCACCGCUGAGGAAAAACAAAUGCAUUCAUAACACAUGAAUUAAUGUUAAAAACAACAUUGCAAUCGAUGUUUGUGCAUUCGCAACUUUCUGUAAGUCCGGAAGCUCCGAUUCGGUUAAUUCUCGUUACUGAGCUCAGUUCAGUUCAGUAGUGUACAGUACAGCAGUGUGCUCUGCUCUGCUGCUGUCCUGUUCGGUUCUGUUCAGUUCUCUGGCGCGGUUCGGAGAAUUCUCUUCAGCAUGGCAGAGGCGCAGCAGGCUCGGGUCCAGUCUGCCGUGGAGAGCAUAGUUCAGGAUUUGGAACUGAACCACAUCCGCAAGAUGCAGGCUCGCAUGUUCCACUGCAGUGCUGAUUGCUGCGAGCGGCCGGGAGCCUCCAUGCAACAGGUGCACCAGUGCGUGGAGCGCUGCCACACCCCGCUAGCGCAGGCCCAGGGCGUCGUGACGGGGGAGCUGGAGCGCUUCCAGGACAGGCUGGCUCGCUGCACCAUGCACUGCAACGACAAGGCGAAGGACUCGUUUGACUCGGGUUCGAAGGAGCCAGUGGUGAGAGCUCAGCUGGAGCGCUGUGUCUCUGCCUGCGUGGACGAGCACCUGAACCUGCUACCUGGCAUGACCCGCAAACUGAGAGACACGCUGGACUCCAUCGGCAAGUAGAGCCAGAACCGGAGCCAGAACCGAUCAGCAUGACCGCACUGAGCACUGGGGCCCGCCGGCCUCCUCUAGGAAUACCACCGGUGCACAGAACCACAAGCUGAGAGACUUUAUUUCAACACAAGAAACCACAGCAGCAGCAAUGAGGGCAGGUCCGCUGCGGGCAGGCCGUCAUCACGGCUCUGUUAGGGGUUUAAUGGUUUAACUGCCUCUACCUCCUCUCCAGACUCUGUAGCUCAGUGCUCUUACAGUCCGGGGAAACGGAAGCACCUGCCAACUGAGUACCUGCUAGCACACCUUGGAUCAAGACCUGUCAAACUUUCAAACAUUACCUAUAACAUUAAUAUGAGUGUGUGCUACAUGCAGCAGGUGUUUUUAUUCACUGUGAGUGCGGUCGCCUGGUCAGCCGUGCAGUUUCUUCUCAUUUAAGGAGUUCAGUGAGUUUUUUAGUAAAAUAAAAUCAGUACCUGUGGAACUUGAGUGCCUGUUCUUUAUCUG